AUGGCCGGCCGUGGCAAGGGCAAGACUGCUGGGAAGAAGGCUGUCAGCCGAAGCGCCAAGGCAGGACUCCAGUUCCCUGUAGGCCGCAUAGCCCGCUACCUCAAGAAGGGCAAGUACGCUGAGCGAAUCGGUGCGGGAGCACCCGUGUACCUCGCUGCUGUGCUGGAGUACCUGACUGCCGAGGUGCUGGAGCUCGCUGGCAAUGCCGCACGCGACAACAAGAAGAACCGCAUCGUUCCCCGCCACAUCCAACUUGCUAUCCGGAAUGAUGAGGAGCUGGGCAAGUUGCUGGGUGAUGUGACCAUCGCCGCUGGCGGUGUUCUGCCCAACAUCCAUGCUGUUUUACUGCCCAAGAAGACUAAGGGCAAGGCUGAGGACGGCUCUGCUGCUGUGUAA